AUGUACGGCCAACAUAUAAACGUGGUUGUUUCUGUUCAUAUUUUUGAAAGGAGCCUUUCGCUGUACUGUCUACAUCUAAUCAAGAUCUAUGAUGGUAACUUAUGGAUUAGCGCGAAAUUCAUGUCCUAUGUACGUGACCCUUUACCCAAGUGCAGUCGCCGUAUACGCGUUAUCGAAACAUGCUUUUGGUUAAUUAGAAUUUUGAGCUAUUCUGUUCAGUACCUUGAAGAGAAGAAGGAGCACUUUGCUUUUAUUGAAUCUUUUUCAAUUAUCCAGGAAUUUCAUACCAAUGCAACAGUUUUCUCUCAGAUGAUUGGAGUGACUGAAGCUAUCGGCGACACGAAUAAAAACCUUAUUCUUCCACUCUUACCAGUGCGGAAAAAAGCCAUAUCCAAAAAGAAACGUGUUGGUGUUAAUAAAAAUAAAUGUGACUUUCUCGGACCAUGCUCUAAUAUACCUCCGACAGAAGAUCCUCCCCAACAAUACCCUCCUUUAAGAACGUCGUUUAUUGUUGAUAGCUUGCCUGGUGUUUUCGCUGUUGACAAACCAACAAAUUAUGUGGUCACAAAUUCCUCAACAGUUAUUGAAAAUAAAGAAAAUAUCCCAAUCACAGAAGCUACAAUGAUGCAUUCAACCUCACCCUUUUCAAAAGACUCAUCACUUUUCAAGGAUCUCUUCGACAGCAAUGACGAUUACUCUAUUGAACUUACAAAUCUCUCCAAUAAUUUUAUGACUAGUGAAAUAUUAACGCCUUCUGCUAAGUUAUCUCCAAACAAUAAUACAAAUAUAAUCACUUCCGCAGUAGCACAUUCUCAGGCGUCAGUUUCCGAGUCUCAAGACAAUAAAUCAUAUUCACCCAGUACUCAGUAUUUUUCUGUUCAGAAUGCAAGCGAUUUCUCAAAUCUGAAAACUUCGAUUUCUUCAGUUACGGAAAUUAACUCAGAUGGACAGAUAACCGACCCACUGCUUGAAUCAACCUGUGGGUUGUGCAAUAAAACUGAUUUAAAAAAUCACUCCAUUGUUUCUAAUACUGACGAACAAAAUAUGAAUGGUCAAAGUGUUGAUGUAACCAUAAACGCAACAUCGCCGACCCUUCAUAAGGAUCCAUCUAUUGUUAAUUGUGUACGGGACUCAGUUGUUCAGUUCGUUCAAGGAAUAAAGAGGAAAUUUUCGCCGAAGGGGACUUGGGUUAAACCACUAAUGGGUUGUAUUCUGAAGCCGAUUUCUGGGAAUGAACUACAGUCUGAUGCUAAGCGUCCACGAAAAUUCGUUUCAACUCAUUCUCCCACUGCUUUGACAUCUGCCAUUACUGUUUCAUCCCCUAUUAUAUCGAGUAUAUCGUUGACAGAUACUAAUAGUUCACUUGGAAAUCCGAGAUUUUCUUCAUACACACUUAAUAGAUCAAAAUCUUAUUCUUGUAAUCCUGUAAAUACUCCCAGUUCCCUGCCGAUAGUUCGUCUGAGAGAACGACAGCGUAAUCCACUGCAUGAAGUAGUUUCCUCCAGUAAUAGUAGCAUUUUAAAAUCAACCUAUUCCACUGAAUCUCCGUCAUGCUCUGUAACUAAUAGUAUAAACAAACAAAAACCACUGAGUAACUGUGAACAAAGGAUUCUUAAAAGCUACAUUGAUUCAAUUAAUGAAAUUCGCCGAAUUCCAGUGAACGAAGACAAUUUUUCAGAAUUAAGGAAAUGUUUUAACUUGUAA